CAGGGAAUCCUGACCCCCAACUAGAUUGGUUCGGCAGUGCAUGAAACUCGUCUGCUAUAUCGACUGACUUUUAUGGUCCCACUCAUUGUGGAGAGCAAGAUUGCCUCUUGAGCUUUUUGGAUGAGUACUUGAUGGCGCUUCUAGGCUGGCAAUACAAUGCUACGGCCCUCAACCCAGCCCCGGGCUCGACCUCCUCCACCACACUGAGUGACCUCGAAACCGCUGUGGGAAAUGUGGUAAGUGCUGCUGCGUGGGCUGUACUUACCACUUCUGGUUACUACACGGAGUCGACCGGAAAUUCCUCCGUUGUUCAAUCAGCCUUCAAAUUGCGUUUGAAUAUAAAUCUCACACAGGUCUCCAUCGGCCUGUUUACUUCCGUCGCCUUACUGGCGUUGUCUUCGUUCCUGAUCCAUAGCCCGAGAGUCAAUAAUGAACACGAUGUAGACUCCUGUGGCAUCCUGCAAGUGAUGUGGCUUUCCAGCCGUCAUGACGCGAUACGGAACGAGGUUGCGGCAGCAAAGUCUUCGUCGGUUGAUCUCAGACAAGCUGGCUUUCGCUGUACCACCGCAUUUGGCGCCGAAGGGGCGGAAGACGAAGUUAGACCUGCAAAGGGCUCUAACACAUGUUAACAUCGAAUACUACGUGCCACAUACAUACGCUGCACUGUACUUAUUCUGGAGGCUGCGCAGCCGUUCUUUCUAUCGAAGCGUGAUGAUUGAUGUCGACUUGUUCCCAUCGCACUA